GAGACUUGUGUGUGAUAUCUUCUGAAAGCUGUAUGGGGAGGGUUGACAUCUUUGUUCAUGACUGUGUCAGCCAACAGGGGAGGGUCAGACACUUCAGGAGAGUAAGUCACAAGGGAUCCCUUUAUCUGGCCAGGUGCCUAAAAGCCAUCUGGAACUGGAGAUUUCAGAGAGUGAUCUUCAGAACUGUCCAACUCCUUUGCUUCAGUGCCCUGAUCUUUGAAUUAAUAAAGCAGAAAGAAGUGGCAGCAUGGACCUAUAAUUACAGCAUGAAAGCAUAUUCAUGGAACUAUUCCCGGGUAUUCUGCCAGAAGCACUACACGGAUUUAGUGGCCAUCCAGAAUAAAAAAGAAAUUGCUUACCUCAAUGAUGUCAUACCUUACUACAGCUCUUACUACUGGAUUGGGAUCCGGAAGAUCAAUGAUAAAUGGACCUGGGUGGGAACCAAAAAGCCUCUCACCGAAGAGGCUGAGAACUGGGCUGACAAUGAGCCCAACAACAAGAAGAACAACCAGGACUGUGUGGAGAUCUACAUCAAGAGUGUGUCAGCCCCUGGCAAGUGGAAUGAUGAGCCCUGCGGGAAAAGGAAGCGGGCACUAUGCUACACAGCCUCCUGCCAGGACACGUCCUGUAGCAAGCAAGGAGAGUGCAUUGAGACCAUCGGGAACCACACCUGCUCCUGCUUCCCUGGAUUCUAUGGACCAGAAUGUGAAUAUGUCAGAGAGUGUGGGGGUUUUGAUCUCCCUCAGCAUAUACUCAUGAACUGCAGCCACCCUCUGGGAAACUUCUCUUUCAAUUCAGAGUGCAGUUUCCACUGCUCUGAAGGGUACAAAUUGAAUGGACCCAGCAAGCUGGAAUGCUUGGCUUCUGGAACCUGGACGAAUGAGCCACCACAAUGUAUAGCCGUCCAGUGCCCACCCCUGAGGACUCCUGAGCGAGGAAGCAUGACGUGUCUGCACUCUGCCAAAGCAUUCCAGUACGGGUCCAGCUGCCGCUUUAGCUGUGAAGAGGGAUUUGCAUUAGUUGGGUCAGAGGUGGUAGAGUGCACGGCCUCGGGGUUGUGGACAGCCGCAGCCCCAGUGUGUGAAGCUGUGCAGUGUCCGCUCCUGGAAGCCCCUGGCAAGGGAUCCAUGGACUGUGUUCAUCCUCUCGCUGCGUUUGCUUAUGGCUCCAGCUGCAAAUUUGAAUGCGAACCUGGCUAUCAAGUGAGGGGCUGGGCCUCAAUCCGCUGCACUGGCUCUGGCCAAUGGACCGCACCCUCACCAGCCUGUGAGGCCAUUGCCUGUGGGCCACUGGAGAGUCCUGUUCAUGGAAGCGUGGAUUGUUCCCCAUCCUCGAGAGCAUUUCAGGACAACACCAGCUGUAGCUUCCGUUGUGCUGAGGGUUUCAGGCUGGAAGGAGCUGACCUAGUCCAGUGUACUGACUUGGGACAGUGGACAGCGCCAGCCCCGGUGUGUCAAGCUCUGCAGUGCCAUAAUCUUCCGGCUCCAAACAAGGCCCAGGUGAACUGCUCCCACCCAUUUGGUGCCUUUAGGUACCAAUCAACCUGCAGCUUCACCUGCAAUGAAGGCUUACACCUGGUGGGAGCAAGCAUGCUGCAAUGCUUGGGUACCGGCAACUGGAGCGCUCCUCCUCCGGAGUGCCAAGCCAUUGCCUGCACACCUCUGCUAAGCCCUCGGAAUGGAACAAUGACCUGUGUCCAGCAUCUUGGAAAUUCCGGUUAUAGGUCCACAUGCCGAUUCACCUGUGAUGAAGGAUUAUCUUUAUCUGGACCACAAAUAUUGGAUUGUACUCCAUCUGGACAUUGGACAGGUUCCCCACCAAUAUGUGAAGCCAUCCAGUGCCCAGAAUUAUUUGCUCCAGAGUGGGGAAGCCUGGCUUGUUCUGACACUCAUAAGGAAUUCAGGGUUGGCUCCACCUGUCAUUUCUCCUGUAACAAGGGCUUUAAGCUGGAGGGACCCAAUAAUGUUGAAUGCACAGCUUCUGGAAAAUGGACAGCACCUCCACCAACCUGUGAAGGCAUAGUAUCAGCUCAUACUUCAGAGGUUCGAUGCCCAGCCCUCAUCACUCCAGAGCAAGGAACAGUGUCCUGUAGGCAUCAUCUGGGAACCUUUGGUUUGAAUACCACUUGUUACUUUGGAUGCAAAGCUGGAUUCACACUCAUGGGAGACAGUGCUCUCAGAUGCAGACCUUCAGGACAAUGGACAGCAGGAAUUCCGGCAUGCAGAGCGGUCAAAUGCUCUGAGCUGCAUGUUAUUGAGCCAGGUAUGAUGAACUGCUCCAACCCCUGGGGAAAUUUCAGCUAUGGAUCAACCUGUAGCUUCCAUUGUCCAGAGGGCCAGUUACUUAAUGGUUCAGCAAGAACAGCAUGCCAAGAGAAUGGCCAGUGGUCAACUCCCAUGCCAGCCUGCCAAGCAGGGCCGUUGACAAUCCAGCAAGCCCUGACUUACUUUGGUGGAGCAGUGGCUUCUACAAUAGGUUUGGUGACGUGUGGGACAUUGCUGGCUCUGCUAAGAAAGCGCUUCAGACAAAAAGGUAAUGGGGAAAGCCCCUUGAACCCUCAAAGCCACCUAGGAACAUACGGAGUUUUUACAAAUGCUGCAUUUGACCCGAGCCCUUAA